AUGACAAAGCCAAAAAUCAAAUACCUCCACGAUAAACCUUUGAAUACCAUCUACUAUGAACACAAUCAUCAUCAGUCUACCCUUCUAGAAGGUUUGAAUUCGCUUCGACAAAAAGGAGAAUUGUUGGAUAUCACUCUAGUCAUUGAGGGUACAGUUUUUAAGGCACAUAAGGCAGUAUUAGCUGCCUGUAGUGAUUAUUUCAGAGCCAUGUUUACUGAUAACAUGCUAGAAGCCAGACAGAAUGAAAUUUGCUUGAAUGGUAUAUCUGCCAAAGGUUUUCGUCAACUCUUAGAAUAUGCAUACACCACCCAUUUAGCCUUAAACUUAGCCAAUGUACAGGAUGUAUUAGAAGCAGCGUCUCAUGUUCAAAUGGUAGCCGUAAUUCAAGCGUGCUCCAGCUACCUGCAAACCCAAAUCGACAUUGAUAACUGUGUGGAUAUUGCAACCAUAGCGGAAACUUAUUCACUAACACAACUAAGGAUGAAAGUGUAUAGGUUUAUGAGUGGACAUUUGUUAGAAUUUUCCAACAGUACAGAAUUCUAUAGACUGACCCCACAACAAUUGGAAAAUCUGUUAGCCUACGAUUUUCCAGUGGACUGUUCCGAAGCUGAUGUACUAAGGAUAGUCUUGGCCUGGUUCUUUCAUGUUGAUACUCAUGAGUUAGAUAUUCGAUUGACAUAUGCGGUUCGUAUCGUCCGCUACAUCCACUUCAAAGAGAUCUCGGGCCGAAAGCUGGACAGCAUCUUGGACAAAGUAUUCGAAGACCGCAAGCACGGAUGGCAGCUAUACAAAAUCAUCCUGCAGGAGCUGUACCUGCAGUCCACCCAGAACAAAUCGAGCUUGAUCUCGAACCUGCUGAAUUCCCGCGGCAUGGAAAUGGCCGUUCUCAAGAUAGGCGGCUUCGGGAUCAGCGGCAUCACGAACGAGAUCACUUACUGUUUCUCCACGGAGAGGAAGUGGAAGCACCUGACGUCCAUUCCGCACGUGGAGCAGUGUAACUUCGGCACGGCGGUGUUCAAUAACGAGCUGUAUAUCGUCGGGGGGUGUUUCAAUCAGAGCUUGCAGGAGAAUAUCCAUCCGUUCGGAUUCAAAUACAGCCCCAGGUACAACAAGUGGUCGACCAUAGCGCCGAUGAAGAUCGAGCGUUGCCGCUUCACGCUCACCGUCCUCGGCGAAUCGCUGUACGCGGUGGGCGGGGCCAGCGAGGCGGACGAGUGCGACACGAGCACCUGCGAGCGCUACGACCCGAUGGUGGACGCGUGGCACACGGUGCAGCCGCUGCCUGCGUACGCCACGCAGCACGCAGCCGCCAGCUGCGAGGCCGAUUACGCGCGGCGGUUGUACGUGAGCGGCGGCAUCGAUCGCGAUAACGUGCAGAGCUUUAUGUAUUGUUAUGAUGUAAAUAUGGAGAAAUGGAAGAUAUGUGCUGCCAUGUUGAAGCCUAGAGCUGACCAUGUGAUGGUCAGCAUAGGAAAAUGUUUGUAUGUGUGUGGAGGUUGGACGGAGGACAGUGAAACCAGAGUCAGGACACUUGUCGACACGAUCGACGUAUACAAUGUGGACACAGAUUGUUGGAAGGUAGUGACUAAGGUUCCGACGCCGCGCUACCACGCCGGCAUCGUCUGCAUCGAUCCGAAGAUCUACUUCAUCGGCGGCUUCCACAGCGACGCUAUGUUCGACAAGGACACGGCCGCCAUCGAGUACUACGACAUCGAGGCCGAUCUGUGGACGAUCGAGGACAAAUAUCCACAGGACAUCUGGGAGCACACGUGCGCCACCCUGUACAUCCCCAAGUGCCGGGACGACAUGGAGGUGUUGCCGGGCAUCGGGGCCAAUACUUGA